AUGGCCAAAGUAGGCAGAGGUGUGCAGAUUUGUCUGUCAUGGGUGAAGACGAAACCCGGUGGUCUUCCAGACGGUGCUAUUGAGGUACAGUCCGGCAUCUACGUCUGUCGUGCCUGGCAUGAUGGUGAACAAAUCCCCGGAAAGUACAUUCCUCGACUUGCGCUCGCCUACAUCCCGUACGGUGGCGCGGAACACCAUGAGAGGGACUGUGAAGUACUCUGUGACACUAGCUGUCCCGGACAAGGUUGCUGGUAAGCAGAACUACCGAGCACCACUCCCUUUGCUUCUAGAUAAUUUGCGAUCAAGUGCUGACUCACAUUUCAUUUAAAUACAAUCACUGUUGGAAAAGCCAGUGUGUAUAAGAGUCGACAACUUGGAGUCAGGAAGGCAAGAUUGGUAUUAUACUCUGCAAUAUUUCGUGUACUGCAUAGGCUGUUGAAAUGCUAGUAAAGACAGCUGUUCAACCAAAGUAAUGACCACGUAUACACUUUGUAUGUGACUUCACGAUAGGAUGGUUUUUGCUCCAGCAGCGUCCUAACGCUACCCAAGUUGCAGUCUAGCCCGUGGACUUUGGUAAACCGGGUGAGGUAUUGGCAAUCAAGAGACUGAUUCGCCAGACAGACCAUAUUUUCUUCCAAAUAAUCCCACCAGAAUUUAUUCAAAUUUCGACAGGACUCGUUUCAUUGACAAUACCAAUCUGAUUCGAAAAUCGUUGAAGGCUGGCAUGAUCAGUUUUUGAUGACAAGCUAUUACUGGCAGCUCUUGUCAGUUCCCAACCCCCAGACUCUGUCACUGCUUCGGGCACAUCAUCUACUAUGCUUGUGGUGAUGAGGGGAUAUUUUCUAAUUAUUUCCUUGUACAACAUUCCCUGAAUACACAGUCCGAACUGACGCUGAAGUUUUUCACUAUGCCCCUCUUUGCUCAACCAGUUACGAAUGGGUGUCGGCCAGUGGAGGCGAGGUACCGAAGAGGGCCAUUGUGGCGGGCAUGGCGUCUGAUGAUCAACCGCUCUAUAUCGCCAAGGCCGCUGUAGCAAAUGAGAUAGCUGCAGGCAAGGUGAGUUGAAUAUUGUUCACUCUGGCCUUCUGAGAGCAGGGCAGUCAGCCCAAUCGUUGACCUGCAACCAGUCUUUGUUUUUGGUUUUCGGAAGUUUAUUUAAAACUAGAUUUUGCAUCUUUGUCUGGAGUUUGCUCGAUUGAUCAGCUAGUUUAUAGCGAUUAAUGAAAUAGGCAGAAUAGUAUUACCGACAAAGACAAGGGAGACUGGAAUGGCCAUUUCUGGCUUAUUAGCCGUCGUCAGCCAGCCAUACCCAAGCCCGAAGUGUGGAACACCCGAGCCUCGAACUCGCGACCUGUUGGUUUAGAAGUCAACGCCUCUACUCACCGGGCCACGAGCCCGUUGCCCUGUCGGUUUUCGAUCGGGAAUAUACAAUGUUAGGGGGCGCUCACCGAUCGUUCAUACGGAACUCACUCGUUCCGUUGUGCCUUAUGGACUCUCUCUCUCGAGCCCAACCAGCAGCCGCACAGCGGCGCAUGAUAUAUAGGCAGAAUAGUAUUACCGACAAAGACAAGGGAGACUGGAAUGGCCAUUUCUGGCUUAUUAGCUCCGACAAGGCAACGGGCUCGUGGCCCGGUGAGUAGAGGCGUUGACUUCUAAACCAACAGGUCGCGAGUUCGAGGCUCGGGUGUUCCACACUUCGGGCUUGGGUAUGGCUGGCUGACGACGGCUAAUAAGCCAGAAAUGGCCAUUCCAGUCUCCCUUGUCUUUGUCGGUAAUACUAUUCUGCCUAUAUAUCAUGCGCCGCUGUGCGGCUGCUGGUUGGGCUCGAGAGAGAGAGUCCAUAAGGCACAACGGAACGAGUGAGUUCCGUAUGAACGAUCGGUGAGCGCCCCCUAACAUUGAUUAAUGAAAUCUUAGAUUUAAUUUACAUUAAACACUGGUAAACUGAUAAACGAUACUUCGUCCUUGUGUCAGAGGAUGUUACUUCGAUUAUUCUUACUACUUACAUCAGUUCAUUGUUGCAAAGACGUCAUAGCAAUCAAGGAAUUUAUAUAUUAGCAUUGGGGUUUCGGUGUACAGAGUAAAAUCAGUUGGUUGAAAGACGACAAUUUUCCGAGUACCCGAAAACGUCACUCUCGGGAAUGAACUACGCCCACGAAAUUUACCAAUUCUGAUCCAUUAGGUUGAUCUUUUACCUGAACUUCCAGCCAGAUCAGAGACCGCAAGCAUUAGUUUAUUUAGAUUUUAAGACAAAAGAUGUCGUGGAUUGUAGCAGCUCAAAUUCGAUUGAGACUGGCCCACGACUGACUAGCGCACGCGGAGUGUGUGCUUCUGCCCUGACGGACAUGUUCAGCGCAGAGAUCGUCACGCCCAAGUCACAGUUAUUUUGUGCAUGUCGACGACGAGUAGCUUGUGGUAGACCAAUGGCGUUUGGUCAUUUUCACCUAGUGCAUUUUCGGAUAGCACACGCAUUUUAUACUGCUUUUAUUGCAAAAUACGCCUGGUAAUAUAUCUUCACAUCUCUGUUGCCGCCUUUUAGGUUCACGCCGGACACUCCUGCGCCUAUAUGCCUUACGGGGAUGCUGAACACUCUGUUGACGACUAUGAAGUCCUGGUUUGGAAGAAAAAGUAG